AUUAAGAACGGCUAGCUGAGACAGUCCUCGUAUAGCUUUUUGCGAAAUUCAAAACAAACAAACUGGACGUUGCGUUUAUUUCUACCGAAUAAUUGACAAGAUCCCGUAAACAAAGUAAGCCAGUUGCAACAGAAUCAAUGAUGAUUUUUUUAACAUCAGGCAGAAUUUUAACACAUGUUUUGUGAACAAAAAACCUAAAAAUAGUCUAUAGUCAGAACAUUUAUUUAUUUGAGGGUGGGCUGUUUUAUUUAUUCAUAAUAUUAGAAUACUUAAGGGUUGGAUUAAUGUAAGUACUGGGCCGUAUCUUGCCAUCGUGCUAAGUAUAAUAUUUGAUCAGUUAUAUACAAAUGUUAAAAAGGAUACAAAACCCCAUAAAUAUUUGAUCAAAUUUACAAAAACCCGUUUGUAAAAUGUUAUUUGUUUCUGGUUUUCUUAACAACUGAGUUUUUCAAGCACGGCCUAGUGUACUGUGGAAACGUAGUUAGGGUUAAGGUUGUGUAAUCCUGUACGCUUGGAAUUAUGGAAGAAAAGAAAAAAGAAAACUUAAAACGAAUCUGUAUACCUGGACAAAGAAUUUGCCGUGCUGAUACUAGUAACAUAACAGGAGGAAAGGGAACUUACACUCGUCAGGGGUACAUCUGUGCUAGUUUGGCUGGAUACAUUCAUAUUGAUAGACAAGAAAAGAAUUCUGUGAUUCAUGUGAAACGAGGAAUAGAACAAAAUGUAGUUCCAGAAGCUGGAUCAAUAGUAACAGUAAAGAUUACAAGUGUAAAUCCUCGUGUCUGUAAGUGUUCUAUUCUCUGUGUUGAGGAUACAGAGCUGAGAGAGCCUUUUCGUGGACAAAUAAGGAAAGAGGAUGUAAGAUCCACAGAAAAAGAUUUGGUGGAGCUAUACAAGUGUUUCAGGCCAGGAGAUAUUGUCCUUGCACGAGUUCUAUCAAUAGGUGAUGCCCAUUCCUACUUCCUUUCUACAGCUGAAGAUGAAUUAGGAGUUGUAAUAUCCAUUAGUGAGGCAGGUGUUCCUAUGAUACCUGGAUCUGCAGAAAUGCAGUGCCCUAAAACUUAUGUCACUGAACCAAGGAAAGUAGCGAAGGUCAUACCUGAACAUAUAGCAGUCGAAAAGAAGAAAGCUUGAGCAUUAUCUGUAUAUAGUAAUAACUCAAAUAAAGCAUAUUUGUGUUUUGGAAUUACA